CCUACGUAUUGUUGCUCGUUUCUAUCUGUUCUGAGCCCUCUCGCCCCAUUUCAUUCUACCGUUUGAAUCGUCUGCACCUCACAAGACAACUCGCUUUUGUUGCUGGCUACGAGUUGGUGAGAAUUUUUUUCACAGAUUUGGUUUCAAGGCUAUGAAUGUUCUCCUCGACUCCUGCAUUGGGUCUGGUCUAUCGGUGUCCUAAAGGGUGCUCAACCGUGGCCUGAGUCUUGAGAAGACCCGCUGUGUGCUUCUCACGUUUUGUUUUUAGUUGUUUCGAUUGGGAUGGUUGCGAGAGUUUCGCUAUGGGUGGUCACUUGGGUUGGUGUCAUGGUGGCGGUCUCCUGCGCGCAUAUCCCUGAAACCUGCGACGACGCGCAAUUGAAGGGGUUAGGGUUUUGUGGCGUGAAGGAGAGAGGAGCACUUAUGACAACAGAACACUCAUCAACGCCGACCAUGUCCGCUUUCAUUAUCGGCGGCACUGGGAUGGUGGGUAGGAAGCUUGUUGCGGAACUCUCGCAAUCCGACCACUUCAGUCGAAUUGUGACGCUUGGACGGCGAGUGGUAGCGUACGAUGGCCCUGGUAAAGAGAAGCUGGAUCAGCACGUGGUGGACUUUGGCAAGAUUGAAGAGCACAAAGCGCUUCUCGAGAAUCUUGACGUGGGGUUCAACACCUUGGGAACAACACGAGCGGACGCUGGGAGCGAUGAGCAGUUUAUCAAGAUAGAUCAUGACAUCCCGCUCCAUGUUGCUCGUCUGUUCAAGGAGGCAAACCCAUCGAAGCCCCUCCAUUUCUGCCUUCUGUCGAGCUCAGGUGCUUCCGCGAGCUCUUCAUUGCUGUACCCCAAAACCAAGGGUCUAAUCGAGCAACACAUCUCUGAGCUAGGUUUUGCGAAGUUGUCAAUCUUCCAACCUGGUAUUCUUGUCUAUGAUGGUGAAAAGCGGGAGAAAACGAGAUUUGCCGAGUCAAUUGCGGUCUCCUUGCACAAGCCUCUUAAUUUUCUUACUGGUGGAAGAGCAGCCAGUGGUGUUACCUCGGUUGCGAAGGCGAUCAGAAUGGUUGCUGAGAAAGGGAUCACACCGGGGUCUCCAGUGGAUUUCUAUGAUAACAAAAGCAUUGGGAAGCUUGCCAGUGGAAACUAGAGGUCCCAAUACUGUCGACACUUUAAAAAUCUUCAUCUGUAUGAUUAAGACUUGUUCUCUAUUUGUAAUACAAAAGUUCUGUUAGUUGAGGUAGUGACGUUGUGGCGUGCAGAAGAACAUGCGUGGAUGGUGAUAACUGUACUUUUUACAUUACUUAUUGUUUGCAUGUAUUAUCAGUUAAUGGCGAACCGUGAAUUGGUUGUAUAUGUACAUUCAAGUAAAGAGCGAAUUUAAACUAA